AUGGAUAUAGAAAAUAAGGUCUCUAAGAAAUCAAAAAACAAGAAAAAACAUUCAGCGACAGAAUCAGAAGAUGGUAUUGAAAAAAAGGAUAAAGAGAGUUCUGAUGAAUUUGUAAAAUUAAAAAAAUCCCAUAAAAAUAAAAAGAAGCACAAAAAAUCUCAUAAAAAGAAAAAGCAUAAGAGUAAGAAUUGUUCAUCAUCCGAAUGUAGUGAUAUGGAAAAAGAAACCGUAGAACAAAAAGAGCAUAUUAAAGGUCUGAAUUCUGACUCUAAGAUGAAGAAUGAAGAUUCAUCAAAUGUAACUGAUGAGCCUGUAAAAAAAAAAGCAAAAUUGGUUGAUGACAAUUUUGCUGAUGUUCAAAAGCUGGAUAAAAAAAAUGAUAAAAAUGGUUUCAAAUUGGAUUCAAAAGAAAAAGAUAAAGACAGAAAACAGUUUUAUCGUUCCACCAAAAAGAAGGAUUCUGAUGUUGAAUCAAAAGAAGGAUCAAUUGAAUUUAUCAAAGAAGAAGUAAAAGAUGAUGUUGUUACAUUGUCAGAUUCAGAGACGAUACUGGAUGUAAGUGAUGAAAUUCUCAUGAAGAGGCUUAACAAAGCUCGCCAAAGAAUGAAUGACGAACUCUCAAACAAAUCAUCAAAACAACAUGUGUCUACAUUGUUUACUGAAACUGAAAAUGUUCUGAAUAAAAAUUGUGGAAUUAACGUUUUAGUAAAAAAUGUUGAAGACACAGUUUCUAAAUCAAAUUGCAAACAAGAAAGUGCUGCUGAUAAUAAUAUGGACUUAAAUUCUAUAUGCCUACCUGAUGAACAAAGUAGAAACCAUGCACUAACCGACGACAAAAUUAUUUCAGAAGGAAAUACUCUUGGAACAUCAUUUACACCACAAGAACCUCAACUUACAGCUGUUACAACUGUUCCAUUACAGAUUCAGAUGGCAGUAACUUCACUAUUGCAAACUCAACCAACAUUUUCAACGGUUGCUGUACUAUCAGAACAGACUGAAUCUUUGCCAUCAACAGUAUCAAUAAAACAAGCAGAAUCUAUAAAUAACACUGCCUCUGAGCUUAAACCUGCUACUUCAUCACUUCCUGCAAGUUUGCCUAUAAAGAGGACUAAUUUUUUCAAUAUCAAAAUAUCAGAGACCAGUGCAGCCAUUAUUUCUUCUGGAGUGAAGCUUGGUGGAGAAGAAAAAUCAAGCAAUGAUACUAAAGGUAUUUUCUGA